CUUAGAAUUUUUUGGUCCUGUGAUAAUUCUUCUCAAAUCGAGGAGCACGAACUGGGCGGUCUCCAAUGGAGAAAGAGGACUCCUCUGUGCCUCAAUCUGCCAGGAGAGAAGAUUUCGGAAAAUUUCAGCACGGAUGCGAGCAUUACAGGAGACGAUGCAGAAUCCGAGCCCCAUGCUGCGACCGAAUCUUUACCUGUCGCCAUUGCCACAACGAGGCCAUGAGCUCGCUGAGCAAUCCGAAGGACCGUCAUGAACUUGUUCGGCAGGACGUUAGACAAGUGGUUUGCUUGAUUUGCAAUACAGAGCAAGAGGUUGCCAAGGUUUGUCGAAAGUGUAAUGUUAAUAUGGGAGAAUACUUUUGCGACAUCUGCAAAUUCUUUGAUGAUGAUACCAAGAAGAAGCAGUUUCAUUGUGAUGCAUGUGGUAUCUGUAGAGUUGGUGGCCGAGAGAAUUUCUUUCACUGUGAAAAAUGUGGAUCUUGCUAUUCCACUCCUCUGCGUGAUAACCACUUGUGUGUUGAGAAUUCAAUGAAAAGUUUUUGCCCUAUCUGUUAUGAGUUUCUUUUUGACUCAAUAAAAGACACAACUGUUAUGCGCUGCGGUCACACAAUACAUUUGGAUUGUUUCAGGGAGAUGGAAUCGCAGAAUCAAUACCGUUGUCCUAUCUGCUCGAAGACAGUUAUGGACAUGUCUGCAAGCUGGGCAUUGCUGAAAAUGGAGAUUGACUGCACACCAAUGCCUGAAGAAUACAGCCAUGAGGUAUCGAUUCUCUGCAACGACUGCAGCCAUACGAGCAAAGUUCGUUUUCACAUUUUGGGACACAAGUGCAGUCAGUGCAAUUCAUUCAAUACUAGGAGGAUUUCUACUGGAGAUCAUUAAUGAAAACUGAAGGUAAACAACAAAUAUGGGGCUCUCUUAAUCUUAACAAUUAGGUUUUUUGUUGAAAGUUUGAUUAUUGGAGUCAUUUGAUCCAUUUAGGAAGUCAACCCGUUUUGUUCAGAGGCUGACUAAGAUUGGCUAAACCCAUGAAGGGAAGUUUAUAGUGCAACAUGAAGUGAAAUGGUGUUAUCUUCAUUAGGAAGAAUCCCAGAUUUUUUUUUUCUUUCAUUGUAUCAUUUAAUAUUCAUAUUGAAAAAAUAUUAUAUCAUAUUAGAUACCUUAUGCCGAUGUGAGUAUAUCAUAAAUCUUAAUGAA